AUGGCCUCCCCAACCAUCCCUACAGCAACAACCAUCACCGACGAGAAGGUCGCCGUCCUCAACACCAACGCCAUCAGCAGUACCUCCCAACUCCCCAGUCCUCCUCCCCGGGGCCAGGGCCGCAUCAACGCCGACAUAACCAUCGCUCCCGCCCAGCUGGCCGACGACGAGAUCUUCGUCAACAGCUUAACCAACCUCAUCAACGAGAUCUACACCGACGCCGAGCGCGGUUUCUGGUCCAUCGACCCUUUCACCCGCACCAACCCCGACGAGGUCCGCUCCUUCAUCACCAGCGGCACCUUAGCCGUCGCAUGGACACCUGGCACCUCGCGGUAUUACAUUGAGUAUUUGUUGGGUUGCGGAAGGGUGAAACUACUCAGUCCGGAACCAGAUACCCGGGCUACUGCCCAUUCCAACCCUGAUCCUGAUACCCAAAUCGGGCAGUUUGGGUGUUUAAUCUGUCGUCCUGAGUAUCGGGGCUCUGGUGUAGGUAGGGAUCUGUUGAAGUUUGCGGAGAGUUGGGCGAAGGAAAAGGGGGCGAAGAAGAUGCAGGUUGAGCUGGUGGUUGGUGAUGGGUGGGAUCAUGAGGAAAAGGUCAAGUUGGCGGGGUGGUAUGAGAGGGCUGGGUACAGGAAUGUGAAGGAGGUUGAUUUGGAGCAGGGGAUUCCCGAGUUGGGGCCGUUGUUGGCGAAGAAGGCCAAGUAUAGGAAAACAUCCCCACCCCCUCCCUCGCUUGCCACGACCCUUCCAACCCCGGCAUCCCGGGCUCCCCCAAAAACCGCCCUCUCCUCCACCCUCGAAACCGGCGCCUCCCUCUCCCAAGACUUCGCCCCCGUCAAGUCCAUCUGCGCGCACCUCAACGCCUUCCACGUGUACGCCUCGGACCCGUCCCGCAUCGUCGAAACCAACCACUACUGCGCGCACCUAACGGAAGACGUACGCCAAUGUAUUCUCUACGACAGCCCCAACCCGGGGGCCCGCAUCUUGGGUAUAGAAUACAUGAUUACACCCAAGUUAUACGAAACCCUACCGCAGGAGGAGAGAAGGUACUGGCAUACGCAUGUAUUCGAGGUGAAGAGCGGGAUGUUGAUCAUGCCGAAGCCGACGGGGGUGAUGCCGCAGGCGGUGUGGGAGAAGGCGGAACGGACGGAGAUGGAGCAGGUUGUUACGCUUUAUGGGAAAAUCUAUCAUUUGUGGCAGGUGGAUAGGGGGGAUAAGUUGCCGAUGGGGGAGCCGCAGCUUAUGACCAGUUUUACGGAGGAGGGCCAGUUUAAGGAUAUGGAGAAGGUGUUGGAUGAAAGGGAUAAGAGGUUUCCGGGGGCGGAUUGGAGGGCUAAGAGGGAGAGUAGGAAGGAUAUUGAGGUGCCCGAGAUGCAUCCUGAUGCGGAUUGGACUUGGAAGAAAGACAAGCAACAGCAACAAUGA